CAACUUCCUUUAUGGCUUCUGCAAAAACUUUAGCCAAAAGUAGCGGAAACAUCACCAUUAGUAUCUUCGAUUAUCCAGCCAGACCAACCAGGAUAGAUUCUCAACAUCAUACCUGCCUGCUUUCGUAUCAUAGGCUUCCUCGUUGAAGGCUGCAUCUUUCAUCAGAGUAGAACCCAAAUAUGACAGGUUAUUCAAACCCCAGCAUCUCUCGUCAUCACUCUCAAGCUCAAGUGGGUCAAUAAUUUCAUACGCUCCAGAGUCCAGCCUGCCUAGUAAAAUAAUAUUCUCAUCCUGCAAAAACCAUCGGCCACCUCAGCUCCACGUCCAUGUGAAAAAAGGAGGAGGAGGAAAAAGAGAAGCUUACUUUAUCAUGCUUUCUUUUUCUGGGUAGAUGUAGUAGUUACCAGGGAGCACUUCUCGCAAAAUAGAACAAGGACAAAUCUAUAUUAGUCCCCGAACUGUAUAUAGUUUGUAGAUUGAGUUUCGUAACAGCUAAUUUUAUACAUCGCAUCACCCAUCAUUCUAUCUAUCCGAGGAUCCACCUCUCCUCAGUCUAGCCCUUGAGCUAAGAUAAAUUAAGUCAGUAAAUUGAUAGAGCCUUGUGCGCGCGCGCUAAGUGGGAGGGGAUUGAGUGCUCAGGAGGAAUUAGUUUCAGAUCAUAAGAACAUGUAUCAUCUCUGAUUAUUUUAGCAGAAGAAGCCAAUUGAGGAAAUGGAGAUAAGAUGGGGGAUCCAAUCGAUGAAAUCAGUAGUAUGGAGCUUCAAUAGAAGAGCUACGUGUAAAUAGAGGUCCCCCAUAAAAAUAGUUCCAGCCAAACUCAAAUCCCCAGCUGCUCAGAUUGUCCGAAUUGAUGUCAGUACGAGGUUACAAGAACUAGAUUGUCCAAUCCAGUUAACAAAAAUGUCAUCUGCUUCAACCGCUACUGUUACUUCUUCUUCUACAGUACCUCCUCGUGUAGUAGAAGAGAAAACUGUGCAAGAAGAACUCUCUCUUCCAAUCUUACUUGCAGAUCGUGUCAUAAAAUCAGCCCAAGAAGCUGAAUCUUUAAGGCAAGACUGUUCUGACUUAGCGAAACAAGUUGACCGCCUUUCCCAAAUGCUCCGCUCUGCCGUCCGCCUUGCUGUCUCCAUCCCUUCCCUCUAUGACCGUCCUCUCCGCCGUAUCGCCUCCGACAUCACCAGGAAUCUUGACCGUGCGCUAACACUUGUCCGCAAAUGCAAGAAACAUAGUGGGGUACUUCGGCAAGUGUUUUCUAUUACCACAACUGCUGAUUUUCGUAAGGUUUCGAAUCUUUUAGAGUCUUCUAUUGGUGAUAUGAAAUGGCUGCUUUCGGUUUUUGAGUCUGAUGGUGGUGCUCAUUUGUCUUUGCCUCCUAUUGCUAGUAACGAUCCUAUCCUUGCUUGGGUUUGGUCUUCUAUUUCUGCUGUUCAAAUGGGUCAAGUUAAGGAUCGUGUUGAUGCCGCCAAUCAACUCGCUUCGUUAGCGCGUGAUAAUGAUAGGAAUAAGAAGAUGAUUGUUGAAGAAGGUGGGAUUUUGCCUUUGUUGAAGUUGCUCAAGGAGGGUGCUUCUGCGGAGGCACAAAUUGCUGCUGCCACUGCACUUUCUAAUAUUGCAAGUGAUAGAGAAAGAGUUAGGUUGAUUGUUGAUGCACUUGGGAUUUCGAUGAUUGUUGGGGUUUUAGGGGAUUCACAGACGAAGGUUCAGAUUUCGGUGGCCAAUUUGGUGGCGAGAAUGGCGGCUUUGGAUGAUUAUGCACAGGAUGAGUUUAUGAGAUUGAAUGUGACUAGACCAUUGGUGUCUUUGUUGUCUAGUCAUUUGGAUUUGGAAAUAGCGAGUAAUAAUCCUGUUAAAACUAGUAUUCCCUCGCUUAUCGAAAUGAACAAAAAAUUAGCUUAUAAGAAUAUUAAGGCUAAUUAUAAUUCGGACAGUAGUAGUCAUGGUGGUUCACAUAGUAAUAAGGAGAGGGAAAUGGAGACACCAGAGAUGCAGCUUAAGCUUAAGGUUAGUUGUGCAGAGGCACUGUGGAAACUGUCAAGAGGGAGUGUGUCCAAUAGUAGGAAGAUUACGGAGACAAAAGGCUUGCUUUGCUUAGCGAAGAUUGUCGAGAGGGAAAAAGGGGAGCUGCAGUUUAAUUGUUUGAUGACCAUUAUGGAGAUCACGGCAGUGGCAGAGUCCAAUGCUGAUCUUAGACGUGCAGCUUUCAAGACUAAUUUGCCUGCUGCAAAGGCAGUUUUGGAUCAGCUUUUAAGAGUAAUUCAAGAAGAAAGUGAUCCACAGUUGCAGAUUCCUGCUAUUAGGUCAAUUGGUUGCUUGGCUCGAACAUUUCCUGCGAGGGAGACUCGAAUAAUGGGGCCUUUGGUUUCUCAUCUUGGUAAUAGGAAUGUGGAAGUCGCUACAGAAGCUGCUAUUGCCUUGGGGAAAUUCGCAUCUCCGGAAAAUUUCAAUUGUUCCGAGCAUUCAAAAGCAAUUAUAGAGUUUGAUGGGGUUCCCCCUUUAAUGAAAUUACUACGGUCUGGUGAUCAGUCUCAACUGCAGGGACUUGUAUUAUUAUGUUACCUCGCAUUGAAUGCUGGGAACAGUAAGGCUCUUGAGCAAGCACGCGCUUUGAAUGCUCUUGAGGGGACAGCUCGUUCUGUUUUAGCCCAACAUCCUGAAUUGAAGGAUUUGUUUGCCAAGGCCAUACACCACCUCACUCUUUAUCAGGCUGGAGCUCCUCUCAAUAGACAAUCUUUGGCACCAUAAUGACUAAUGCCUAAACUUUUCAUCCUUGUGAGUGUUGUAAUAUACAUUACACUAGAUUCUUUCUGAUAAUUGGAGAAAACUUGGUUGAUUGGGACAUGAUUGUUGAACAAGAUUCAGUGCAUACUUGAAAAAUGUAUUGGAUUUCAGUUCUACCUAAUUUAACAAGGUUUUCUUCCUGUAAUGUUGAAUUAUAGCCAAGCUUUUGUUUGUUCUGCA